UUUGUUAAAAGUUGUUCUAUUAUUUCAGGGGACAAAAGGAAAAGAGUUCUUCGUUGUAGCAGUUAUAGAAGGCCAUGACAUAGCUGAAGCCAUAGCAAUUAUACACUUCAAUAUUCAUUGCUGCAGGCCACAUACGUCGGCCAUUUUGUUAAUAUCAUCAAUAAUUCUUAUGGCUAAAGCAAUGCAGCGUGAUGAAGAAACUGGACCUUUAGUGACUCCAAAUUUAAACGACUCAAGAAUCGGAGAUUUCUUUCGUGAUCGAGCAGUUUUCAUAACUGGAGGAACUGGUUUUGUUGGAAAAGCCCUGGUUGAGAAGCUACUUCGUUCCUGCAGCGAAUUAAAGGAAAUCUAUCUCCUUCUUCGACCCAAGAACGGUCAAAAUGUCAGACAAAGACUCGAUGACCUUGUCACAUGUCAGGUGUUCGAUAGGAUUAGAAGAGAAAGUCCUUCUUCAUUAAACAAAAUAAUUCCAGUUAGCGGUGACAUCACAGAAGCUGAAUUAGGCAUUAACGCUAAUGACCAAAAACUGUUAAUGAAGAGUAUAUCGUUGGUUUUUCACUGUGCCGCAACCGUUAGAUUUGACGAACCAUUCAGGCAAUAUGUUAACAUCAAUGUGCUUGCAUGCAGAAGACUGUUGGAGCUUUGUAAGAAAAUGGAACACCUAGAGGUCCUUGUCCAUACUUCAACAGCCUACAGUCACUGUAACAGAAAAGUAAUUGAUGAAGUUGUGUAUCCAGAAGCUGUGCCAUACCAGAAGAUCAUUGAUGCUACUCAAUGGAUGAAUGAUGACUUGCUUAGUACAAUUAGUCCUCAUCUUGAAGAUGGAAGACCAUGUAGCUACCACUACACCAAGUCCCUGGCAGAAAACCUUUUAGUACAAGAAUGUGGCAAUAUACCACUGGCCAUUGUCCGUCCAUCGAUUGUUACUGCUGCCUGGCAAGAACCUAUUCCUGGCUGGGUGGAUAAUUUGAAUGGCCCAUCUGGAUUUAUAGUUGCUACUGGAAAAGGAGUUUUAAGGACUAUGACAGCAAACCGUAAUAUUGGAGCAGAUGUAGUACCUGUGGAUACUGUAGUAAAUAUGCUAAUUGCUGUGGCCUGGAACACUGCCAUAAAGAAACCAAACAACAUAAUGGUAUACAACUGCACCACAGGAUCCAUUGUUAAGGUGACAUGGGGACAAAUUGAAAAAUUAGCUUAUCCUUUUGUUGUGAAACAUCCUAGCAUGCAGGUGUUCCGAUACCCUGGUGGGAGUUUUAAACAUUAUUGGUGGUUGAACAGCAUUUGUGAAAUGGUGGAACACAAUAUUCCAGCUUACUUCGUUGACUUCUUAGCCAGACUAACUGGUUAUAAACCUGGGUUGGUUGCUUUGUACAAAAAACUUCAUCGUGCUGUUCAUAUACUGGAGUACUUCACAACUAACGAAUGGACUUUUCAUUGCAAUAAUGUACUGAUGUUAUUGGACCAGUUGGAGGGAAAAGAUAAAGAGACCUUCAGUUUUGAUGUUCGUCCAAUAAAGUGGGCACCUUACAUGGAAAAUUAUGUACUGGGAGUUCGAAAAUUUAUUUUAAAAGAGGAUGAAUCAACCUUACCAGCAGCACGCCGAAAACUUCAGCGACUCUAUUAUUAUGGUCAGCUAACUCGGCUUGCACUGAUUCUGGGAUUUAUUCGUCUUCUCAUCUUCCGUUCAGAAAGAGCACGCAAGCUUUGGUGGUCGCUUCUGUCUUAUAGCAUGACAAUUAUACAAAGAAUUCCUCAGCAGUUAACUUCUUGAGUAAGGAUUUUUUGUUAGUUAUGAUUGGUUACUGGAGAUGAGAUUGACAUGGCUAAAGAGCUUUCAGUUCCGAGAUUUGUGUUUUAUAUGUUAAAAGUACCAAAGCAGGCAAUAUUUGUGUAAUAUCAUGAAAUUCUAGACUGUGGUAUUUUGUAAAUAUGUUGCAAUGUUGUAAUUUGGGCUUAUUUACCUCAUCUUUAUUUCAAGCUUUUAUCAUUGUUAAGAAACUCACUCCAUCAUUUUGUGCAAAACUAUGACUUACAAUGCACCAAUUUGUUGAGAUUAUUAAACACUUAACUAUGCUACAUUAUUAAUACA